UCCUUUCCAAGAAAUGCGAUGAAGAAAGCGUAUAUAUCAUUGUCGGGGAUCACAAGAGGAGAAAGAUAAUCGUCAAUAUGUCGACCCUAGCAGAAAGAGGUAUGGCUGCCGGAUGGAAUAUUCAACUUGUUAUGGUAGACGGUGUCGUUGAGGCAGAAGAUUUUGCAGACAAGUUUGAGACGAUGAAAUCUCGUCCUCUAAGGGAAGAUGACAUCUUUCUGGCCACAUAUCCAAAGUCAGGAACGCACUGGGCGUGGGAGAUCCUCAACAUGAUCGUGGCAGGUAAGGCUGAGUACGCCAAACACUGGCAGAACUCUGCAUGGCUGGAAUACAGGACCGAGGAAGAACUGGAGGAAGUGACAUCACCAAGGAUCCUUCACACCCAUUUACUUCCCAGACAAAUGCCCGAGCUGUUAUGGCAACUUGAGUGCAAGGUGGUGUAUGUCGAGAGGAACGCUAAAGACUGCGCUGUAUCGUCCUUCUGUCAGGUCAGCCAACAGGUGUGGGAAGGCGGUUCACCUCAGCAAAGCACAUUCACUGGCUCCUGGGACGACUUUCUCAGUGUGUAUCAGGACGGGUGUGCACCUCUUGGGUCGAUAUUUGAUCACGUUAAUGAGUGGAAAAACGUUUCGGAUGUGUACGAUGGAUUUGAAGUAUGCAGUGUGAAGUAUGAAGACAUGAAACAGGACUGUGCGACGGAAAUAAAGAGAAUGGCUGAAUAUCUCGAUCGUCACCUUCCUGAAGAAAAGUACCAGGAGAUAGCUGAAGCGUGUUCCUUUAAGAAUCUCAAACACGCCAGUGAGAAGAUCAAAGACCAGACCUUUCACGUCGCCUGGCAAGAGGGAUCAAGUGGCUAUUUCAGAAAAGGUCAAGCUGGUGACUGGAAGAACUGGUUCACAGUGGCACAAAGUGAAGAAUUUGAUCAAAAAUACGAACUGAAAUGCAGGGAAAGUGCCAUUAAAGUUCCAUUAUGUUAGCAGAGGAUGUAGCUUUGGAAGUCACAAUCAACAGUAGACAUGACAACUCGGUCCACACGAGACAAGUGCCGCAUAGAAGUCAAGUGUUUCAUCACUACAAGAUUGUGUGGAAGAAUACUUCGUGGCUGUGCCUGGUCUGUUUCGUAGUUGUAUCUUUUACAGGUCUUACUGGUGAGUGGCAAAAUAACUGGAUUGUUGAUGCUCUGUACCAUUCAAAACAACAUCGAAUAGUUUCACUGGAUUUUUUGUCCAUGUUCAUUUUGAUUCCGUUUAGCACCGACGAAUAACACAUUUCUUUUUUUCAAUGACUACACCAUGUUCAUUCAAAAAAAGGAACUUCAGCAUUGAGAAAGACGAUGUAUUUAAUAGUUACUGUCUUUUCCUGAUCGAGAUGAAUUUGAAUUGACUUCUAAACGAAGUUUUCUUUCGAGCGUCUGUGGGAUGUGUUUAGAUCAAAUACAGUGAAAAGCGCAAGACCGCACAGGCAUCCCCGUCCUAAUGAGAGUCAUUUGGACUCUUGAAUGUGUCUACAAUUUGUGUAUUUCAGUGCAUUAUACACCUUAGGACACUUGUAGGCCUGAUGGCGUCACACAGGUACACCUUUGGUACAUUUCAUGUAACAACGAUGGUCAGCCAUUUGCAUUGAUAUUUUACAUUGAACAUUUUAUUGUAAGGAAAGGUGAUUUGUAUUUUACAAACGACGCUGAUUCAGAAACAAUUUAAAGGUGCUUUUAUCAUAUGUUAGUAUCGUGAUAUAUGCUCCUUAUCAUGUCCUUCGAUGAUAACGGGCAUUUCUCUGAUGUUUUGCAUGUGACGAUGAAAAUGAAAAUAUAUUAUUGUUGACAAUAAGAUUUGUCAACAUUAUGUCUUAAAACGCAGAUAUGUCGCUUAAUUUGACAAAACUAAGGCAUGUUAUUUUAUGUCAUGAUCUUACACUGCCAAUGACUCACAAUCGAUAGGGACACUUUUUUAAUUGGUUUAACCAGUUUGUAUUUUGACAAUCAUCUAUUGCAGAUUUCGUGAGAAAACAAUUCUUUGCAUUGGUGCUUUGAUCAGCAAUGACCCAGUUCCGCCUUUUCACAGUCUGUAUCAAUUUAUCGUU